CAAAUCGCAAGCUGAUUGGGUUUUUAUUAAAGGCAUAUUCAAGGGUUUUUGUUUGCGAAACUGUCUUCAGAUUUUUUAGUUAACAUUUUUAUGAUAUAUUGUCGAAUAAAGCCUAACACUAUGCAUUAUUCGGUGCUAUAUAGAACUAAAUAGUAGCCCAGCAAACCUCGUAACUUAUUUCGCUUUUCUGAACGCAAGGAGUGUCAUUUAUACCUAUCUUUUCUGGGUGUGUUAGCAUAUGGCUCGGCUACCUAAUUCCCAUUAAUACCAAACAAAAUUGGACGAUAUCACAGUAUUUUUGUGAAGACGUUCAUGGGACUGUACUAUUCAACCACAGUGAAUCUGGACAGUACUACAAAUGUGAGUACGUUUUCAGCCUGUGCGAACAUGUUGGAGGGUGAGAUUUGUUCAACCCAAAUCCGCUUCACUGAAGGCGAUUCUGUGGAUCGUAUUUGGACACGCUCGACUGCGAGACUUCAAGUUAGCUUGCCAGACCGAUAAAGCGCAAGACAGUUUUCCGCUUGUUUGGCCGGGCCACUGAGAGUCCAGCGGCUAGGCGUCCCGGAAUCAUUUCCAUUUCCUGGCCUCUUUUUUGUCAUGGCAUCGCCGGAGCUGCUUGGUGAAAGAGAUUUGGUGGAGGCCCGUCAAGACAUACACGUGGAGGAGGACCGCGCCGAGCUGGCCAACGGUGUGCCCUGCUCCUCCCUCAAUGCCGCCGGCGAGGACGGCAGCGGGGGUCACCACAGUAAGCGGGGUCACCGAAAGGGCAUCCGGAAACACCGGGACUACAUCAAGAUCUCUGUGCCUGAGAGCAGGGGCACCAACCUGCCCCUGGAGUGGUGGAAGACCGGCAUCGCCUUCGUGUACGCGGUUUUCAACCUGGUCCUGACCACAGUCAUGAUCACGAUCGUGCACGAGAGGGUCCCAGCCAAAGAGAACAACCCGCCCUUGCCGGACAAAUUCUUUGACUACAUUGACCGUGUCAAUUGGGCGUUCUCUGUGACGGAGAUCAACGGGAUGGUGCUUGUGGGAAUCUGGUUUGUGCAGUGGCUUUUCCUCAGAUACAAAGCGAUCGUGGGCAGACGUUACUUCUUCCUGAUGGGAACCCUUUACCUGUACCGCUGCGUCACCAUGUACAUAACCACCCUGCCUGUGCCAGGCAUGCACAUGACCUGUGCCCCAAAGCUGUAUGGAGACGCCCAGGCCAAGGUGCACAGGAUCCUGCAGCUGAUAUCUGGGGGUGGUCUGUCCAUCACCGGCUCGCACAUCAUGUGCGGCGACUUCCUGUACAGCGGCCACACGGUCAUGCUCACUCUGACCUACCUGUUCAUCAAGGAGUACUCCCCUAGAAGCUUCUGGUGGUACCACCUGAUGUGCUGGCUGCUGAGCGCGGUGGGCGUGGUCUGCAUCCUGGUUGCGCACGAGCACUACACCGUUGACGUGGUGGUGGCCUACUUCGUCACCUCCCGCCUGUUCUGGUGGUACCACACCAUGGCCAACGUUCAGACCCUGAGAUGUUCAGCAUACAACUACCUCACAAACACGUGGUGGAACCCUGUGUUUAACUUCUUCGAAAGGAAUGUCCAGACUCAGGUGCCCUGUGCAUUCUGUUGGCCAAUCACCUGGCCUCCUGCCUGCUUUAAGAACUCCUGCAAGAGAUACUCCAUGGUCCAGAGCAUACGAGAAGAAUGAGGAAACUACACAUUGAGGCCUUCACUACCAGUGUUGCAGUUAGCACGAAGCCUUCUUUGUAGUCAAAUCUCUAUGAUCUACGGGACAAAAAGGUACAGGAGGGCUGCUGAAGCUAAGACCAAAGACAAUGCGAAAAGGUAUAUAUUUGUGUACCAUUAGAGGGUACCUGUCACAUCAUGUGAAAUUAGCAGUUUUAUCAUUCUCGUGUAACCCAGGAUCCUUUAUCUGUUCUAUUUUUGUUCCAAAAUGAAAACUGAGAGUGUUUUAUUGUUUAAAAUUUGUUAAUUAUUUAACUACUGUAACUCAAGUGAACGGGCUUGGCUGCAAAAACAAUCAAAUUAAACAACAACAACAACAACAACAACAAUAAUAAUAAUAAUAAUAAUAAUAAUAAAAACAGAAGAAAAAAAAAUUUAAAAACAACCA